UUUACUUUCAAGGCACCAGUGCAGAAUCCAGAAUGGAUGUCCUCUUUGUAGCCAUCCUUGCUGUGCCACUCAUCCUGGGACAAGAAUAUGAGGAUGAAGAAGGACUGGAAGAGGAUGACUAUUAUCAGGUGGUCUAUUAUUACACAGUCACCCCCAACUAUGAUGACUUUGGUGCAAACUUCACUGUUGAUUACUCUAUGUUUGAGUCAGAGAACAGGCUGAACAAGUGGGAUAAGGAGGUAAUGGAAGCAGUAGAGACUACCACUAGUCAUGAAACAGACCCUGCAGACCAUCAGAAGCCUGUAACAGAGAAACCAAUGACAAUGGAAACAAGUCCAGAUCUGAACAAUGCUGUAUCCAGUCUGCAGAGUCCUGGUGCACUCCUCCUGUCCUGGGCCCUCGUUCAGGGGGGGAUGUAUUUCAUGUAGAAGGUGAGAGGAAGGCUGCUACGACUCAUUGGAUGGGGAUUUGGGAAGAGGAGAGUGGAAGAUUAAAUAAAUAAAUGAAGUAAUCUGGUUA